AUGGCCGUCAUCUUCUCCAAGAUCGGUAUUAUCGGAGGUGGCAUAAGUGGAUUAGCCGCAGCCAAACAGCUAUCAAACCACAACCCCAUCGUGUUUGAAGCCACUGACUCCAUUGGUGGUGUUUGGAAGCACUGCUCCGUCAGGACAACCAAACUUCAGACACCUCGUCAUGACUACCAAUUCUCUGAUUACCCUUGGCCACACACACAACAAGAUGAUCACACUUUCCCAUCUUAUAUGGAGAUACUCGAUUAUCUUCACUCUUAUGCCAAUCACUUUGAUUUGUUCAAGUUCAUAAGCUUCAAUUCAAAGGUCACUGAAAUCCGCUUCCUGGGUGACCAAGAAACCAUGGCUUACGAAAGUUUGAUGUCUGGAAAACCCAUAUGGGAAGUUGCUGUUCAUAAUACCAACUCUCACACCAUUCAGCGGUAUGCAUUUGAGUUUAUAGUGGUGUGUAGUGGGAAAUAUGGAGAUAUACCAAUAAUACCAAAGUUUCCAAUGAAGAAAGGCCCAGAAGUGUUUAAAGGGAAGGUGAUGCAUUCUCAAGACUACAGCAAACUUAACACCCAAGAAUCCCUUCAACUUCUCAAAGGAAAGAAGGUGGUGGUGGUGGGUUACAAAAAAUCUGCCAUUGAUCUUGCUGUUGAAUGUGCUGAAGCUAAUCAAGGUGAAGAAGGAAAAGCGUGCACAAUGGUGGUGAGGACUUCGCAUUGGACUGUUCCACAUUAUUCGGUCUGGGGUUUGCCAUUCUACUUAUUCUACUCCACCAGAUUUUCUCAGUUCUUCCAUCAAAGACCCAACCAAAGCCUCCUCAGGGACCUUCUCUGCCACCUUUUCUCCCCACUCAGGAAGGCUGCAUCCAAGAUCAUUGAGUCUUACCUGGUGUGGAAGCUUCCACUCGUCAAGUACGGACUCAAACCAGAUCACCCUUUUGAGGAAGAUUAUGCAUCUUGCCAAAUGGCCAUCUUGCCUGACAAAUUCUUUCCUGAAGCCGAAAAGGGCAACAUAAAUUUCAAAAGGGCAUCAAACUGGUGGUUUUGGGAGGGCGGUGUUGAAUUCCAAGAUAAUACCAAGUUGGAUGCCGAUGUGGUGCUUCUUGCCACCGGUUAUGAUGGCAAAAAGAAGCUCAAACUUAUGUUACCCGAACCCUUUCGAAGUUUCUUACAAUUUCCCUCUGGCAUGCUGCCUUUGUACAGGGGAACAAUCCAUCCCUUAAUUCCAAACAUGGCUUUCAUCGGUUAUGUGGAAAGUGUCUCCAACCUUCAAACUUCAGAGAUCCGGUGCAAGUGGUUAUCGAGGCUGGUUGAUGAUAAGUUUAAGCUACCUUGCACAGAGAAGAUGCUGGAACAGAUAACCACAGAGAUGGAGAUAAUGAAGAAGUCCACAAGAUUUUACAAGAGGAGUUGCAUAUCUACAUAUAGCAUCAAUCACAACGAUGAGAUAUGUAAGGAGAUGGGAUGGAGUUCUUGGAGGAAGAAGACCUGGUUUGCAGAAGCGUUUAGCCCUUACAACAGUCAAGACUAUGAGGAAGACAUUUGA